AUGUCUAAUGAUCCAAAUUGCAGUGAAAUUGAUAAAGGUUAUAAGCGGGUGGCUAUGGUGGAGGAUUUCUUUGAUAUUAUUCAUGGAGUCCAUGUUGAAAUGGACGGACGCGGUGGGAAGCAUGCGGGACAGAAACGUACCUAUCGUGCUAUCGCAGAAACGUAUGCAUUCCUACCGCGAGAAGCCGUCACCAGAUUUCUUAUGUCCUGUUCUGAUUGCCAAAAACGAAUGCAUCUGACUGGGGAAAAUAACACCAACAGCAGCAGCAGCAGUAACAACAACAAUAACAACAGCAGCAGCAACAACACUAACAACACCAACAUCAGUAGCAACAACAACAGCAACACCUACAACUUCACCGGUGUCGGUGGAAUUGGAGGUGUGGGCAAUGCUGGAAUUGGUGUAGGAAGUAUUGCCGGUUCCGUCGGGGGCGGAGGUGUCGCUGGUGGAGGCAUUGGCGGCAGUAUCGGAACCAAUACGGCCGGUGUGGGCGGCAAUGGCAACAGUGGACAAAUGAAGAACAUCCGGGUCACUGAUGAUCCACCUAUCAUUGACUUCAGCGUGCCUAUAACCCAGACAUAUCUAAACCACAUGAGAAAUAAAGGGUACUAUUACCAUGACGACGAAAGUUUAUCAAGUGGUGAGAGUGAGAUGAGCACCGAAAGGACCCCAUCACCUACUCCGAACGAGUGCAACAGUCCAAAACUGUUGGAAAACAUUAAAGAAGAGGCACCCGAUUGUGAAAAUGGUCCGAGUAUCGGCGUAGGAGUCGGCGGUGGAGGUGGAGGCGGUGGUGGAAGUGCCACCCCUCCGCUGGGGAGCAGAAAAACAACAACAACAACAACAACAAUAUCAGUAACAACGGUGCCAGCAGCCCAAACAACAACAACAACAACAACAGCAGCAGCAUCAUCACCACUACUAGUACCACUUGCACUACAACCACUACCAACAUUAUUAACACCAACACUAACACGAACAGCAGCAACAGCAGCAGCAGCAGCAUCAACACCACCACCAACAACAGCAGUACAACCGCUGGUGGUUGCGUCGCAGGAGGAGUAGCAGGAGGAGGGGGAGGAGGAGGAGGCGGUGUUGGCGGUGUAGGCGGUAGUGGUAACGGCAGCAACAGUAGUAGUAGUAGUAGCAGCAGCAGCAGCAGCAUUUAUCCGGAAAUUUCCAUCAAAUCUGAAACGCUAGUCGGUGCUGACUUAGGCGGCGGCGGCGGCAGCGGAGGAGGAGGAGGUGGU